AUGGCAGAAACUACAAAUAUCAACCAGGAUAAUACAACAAUGACCCCUUUACUCGAAGAAAUUCUCGUCGAACUCAAAGCCUUACGUCACGGCCGUCUUGGUCUGACAGAAAAACAGACUCUAAGCCUACCUAAGAAGAAAGGUUCCACACGAAACGAUUCCACGCGAGGGUUUCCCCUUCCUAGCGUAAGAAUAUCCGAAAUAUAUGAGAAUGAUCAAGUGAAGCGUAGAAGGAAUGACGGAGUUGUUAAGAGCUUGCCCAGUAGAAUAGGCACUGUCGAGGAACAGGAAAGGUGGUCUCUAUUAGUAGGAAAUGCUUGGGAAGUUCGUGAAGAUGGCCGCCUCAAGUUUACUUUCUCAAAACGCUCACUCCUUUCAUUAAGUUCCGACACGGCCUUGAAAGUGUUAGAGGGAAUCCAUAAAGAAGAUAGAGAUGUUCCGAAAUGGUUCAAUGGAGGGAAAACGAGAAUUAUGGAUAUUUUUGACGAUAAAACUACGAAGUUUUAUACCAUCGACCCUGGUGCUUCAAAUAUAAGUGGAGGCGGUAGUACCGCAAAAUCUCCGAUCGAUUACAACAGUCAAAAUCAAGUGACCAGCUUGUCUGGUAGUAGUACCCCAUCACCUGAGUUACAAGCCACCAGUUUUCUAGCAUGCUCAUCGAUCUCCGACAGCAAAUAUUGGACGCUAUUGGAAACGAAUCCUGCUACAUUUUCUUAUACAAGUCAUAGUAUUCAAGAUCUAAAAACUAGUUCUGGAAAUAUGCUAUUCUGCGUAUUCUCCCAUGCGUAUACCGCCAUAUCCGAGACUGCAAAUCGCUGGAAGCAAAUACUGAAAUAUUUCGACCAAUCUAUUGGUGACAAGCCUGCAUUCUUAGAUCCGGAUUAUCACGCAAAGGUGUUUUCUGACGAAGAAGUUCUUUCGCGAUUCAAAAAUUAUUCUUGGGCCAUCUCCACGCUGAGGGAGUUACAUAAGAGUAUAUCACAGAAUGUCUUGCAAAUCCGAAACCUAUUAGGGCAAGAAACGAGCGAAACUACGACCGAAGAAGAGUUGGAGGGACUUCGACGAGUACGUGCCAUGUUACGUAGCGAGCUUCGAAAUAUAGAAAAUAUAGCAUCGAAACUGGAGACCAAGCAGAAAGAAGCCACAUAUCUCAGAGAUGAAGUAAGUUUCCCACAUGCAAGAAAUGUGUGA